GCUUCGUAAAGCGCCGUCCGUAAACAGACUCUGGAAACAGACAGCAGUAUGAUGAAUGAGACUGACAGCUACUGAAUUCCAUUGAGAAGCCUGUCAUGUCGACCGAUGCGCAAUUGGAUGCGGCGCUGGAUCUCAUGCGACGUCUUCCGCCAGAGAGAAUCGACACCAGCUUGGGCGAAUUGGUUGACUUGGUGCCGGGCCUAUGCGAAGAUCUUCUAUCGUCGAUAGAUCAACCGCUGAAAGUCGCUCGAGAUAAUCUGGUCGGCAAGGAAUAUCUUCUAUGCGACUACAACAGAGAUGGGGAUUCGUACAGAUCUCCUUGGAGCAAUCGGUACGAUCCUCCGCUCGAAGACGGAGCGGUCCCGACGGACAGACUUCGACGCCUCGAGGAGGAGGCUAAUCAAGUCUUUGAGCAAUACAGACAGCUCUAUUACGAAGGUGGAGUGUCCUCUGUUUACUUGUGGGAGCUUUCGGGGAACGGCUUCGCUGGAGUCGUGCUCAUCAAAAAGGGCGGAGACAAUUCCGGGAAAAUUCAAGGUUCUUGGGACUCGAUUCAUGUCAUUGAAGUCCAAGAGAAAUCGUCCGGCAAAAACGCUCACUACAAGUUGACGUCAACCGUGAUGCUCUGGCUAAAGACGAUGUUCCCCGCCUCCGGUACCGUUUCUCUCGGUGGAUCGCUCAUGCGACAGUUCGAACAAGAUAUGCAGGUGACGGACAUCAAUCCCCAUAUCGUGAACAUCGGGAAAAUGAUCGAGGAAGCUGAAAACAAGAUCAAAGUCAGUCUCAGCGAGAUCUACUUCAGCAAAACGUUGAACGUCGUUAACGGGCUGCGAUGCAAGGACGGCGUCGAAGACGAUCAGAAGAAAUCGGAGCACCUCAAAGCACUGGAGAAAGCUUUAACUAAUCGCCACAAAUCGGCUCCGUCAGCAGACACCUGAAUGCAGUCGACGGUCCCGGGCGAAGGAAUAGUCUUCUGACCAAGGUUCAGCUUCUGAUUCCAUCAGGAUUGAUUGCUUGUGCUCUCCUGCCUCGGCUUGGCUCAUUCCAUGAAAAAUGGAAAAUAUCUAAAUUGAGAGAUACUGGGGUAGAUCAAGACCGAUCGGAUCGAAGCUAUUUUCGUAUAUUCACUCUUCCAAGACCGAGGACAUGUUUUUCACGGGAACUUUACGCAGCGAACAUGAGCGGGAUCCUGUGGCGAGGAAGAAAAAUUGGCGAACGAAGCUGGAAAGUGAACAUCAUAAUGUCGAUCGUGAGGGAUACAUGUUUCACGGAAAUCCUUCAAAAUCACAAUUUAAAGCUACGGAUGAACAGUGCGUUUGGUUACGAGUGACCUGGCGGACGAGGAAGGAACGCAACGAUUCAGACGUACCUAGCACGCGGAUCAUUCGAAUGAAGUCCUGCGCCCCGUAGAGCCCUCUGAACUUUGCGUAACGAGACUAUUGUAUAUGAGAGGCGCACACAGAACGCAAAUAAAUCUUCACAUGGAGCGACAUUUAUGCGCGCUCGGCGCUUCAA